AUGGAUCCCUCUCGGGACGCGGUGAAUAACCGCCUGUCGGUCCCCGAGAUGGAGGCCCACGACCUGGGGUCACCCAAUUCGCCGUCGAACCUCCCAGACACCAAUUCCACACCGAUUCAAUCUUUAGCUGAUGCCUCUGAAUCGUCCGAUCCCGUUUUCCCCACACAACCUCGGGCUCCUACGCCACCCCUGACGGUCGAGCCUGGGGAGGAGAUCGAACAUGCGUACUGGGCCGAGUUUGAAGAGGACACAACCACCCCGGACGAGGCGGAGCUGAAGGAUAUCGAUGGGGCCGAUGCCGACUAUAGUGCCUGUGAUCAUUCGUACUGGGAAAACAAUUUCUUUCGGGACCUGGACGACCCUGAGUAUGCGCCUGGUGAGAAGGCCCGCGUGACCUGGACUAUCAAGGGCGUUCGCGGUACGCCAGAGGCUCCCAACCGCGCCAAGGUUAUGCGAUCUCCGGCCGCCUACAUUGGCGGUUACUGGUGGCGAAUCAAGUUUUAUCCUCGCGGCAACAACGUCGGCUCUCUGAGUAUCUACAUCGAAUGCUCUCCGACUUUGCCCGCCCCGGACGAUACCCUUCCAGAGACCGAGUUUACGGUUCGCCGAGGCACCUCGGAUGCCAGCCUGAAAACCAGUAUUCCCGAUGUCAGCAUGCAGACCCCAGCAACAAGCGAUGCUGCCGCCUGGCAAGAACGUUUCAAGUCUCAAUAUCCCGCUGCAGCUUCGCCUCCUCAAACCGCACAGGAUGCCUCUGCCAGCCCGUGGCGAGUGGCGGCACAGAUCGGUGUCAUCGUGUACAAUCCCGAAGAGCCUCGGACGGGAUGGAUGCAGUCUUCGUGUCACCAGUUCAAUCCUCACAACUUGGACUGGGGGUGGACUUAUUUCCACGGUCCAUGGGAUCAGAUUCACCAGCGUCGUCGUGGCCAACACCGUGCGCUGCUGAACAAUGACACCCUUGCCUUCGAUGCCUAUAUCCGCGUGAUUGAUGACCCGACCCGGUCUCUGUGGUGGCACCCAAGCGACGCCGAACCUACCUGGGAUAGCCUGGCCUUGACUGGAUAUCGUCCCCUGGGCGAUUCGGUGAUCAACCAUAGCGCAGAGGUUGCUGGCUUGGCUUCGUGGCUCCACAUUGCCCCCUUCUGCAAGAUCAUCCAAAAAAUCGACGUCCUUGAACACCUUUCCAAUUGUGAUGUCAAGCCCAAGCCCCUGUGUGAUGCUCUCCAAAAGCUCCUGUGGCAGUUGCGCCGUCGUGACCAUUCUCUCCAGUACGUUGACACCGAUGGUAUUACAUCUACCUUGCGCAACCUGCGCGAGUUUUCGAGUGAUGUCUCGGAGUUCUGGGAACGCCUUCGUCGGACACUGGAGAUUGAACUCGCCGGCACCGGUGCCAGCAAGGAACUUGCCAAGCUUUUUGACAGCCCAUCUCCAGGCUCCGGCUCCGCCAACACACUUCCCACAGACUUCAAUUCUCGCAUCUGUGUUCGAGCCGAUGAGGUCAAGUCUACUGGCGAGGCUGUGACGGGAUACUUGGGGAACAAGCCCGGCACUUGGACUCUUCCACCCAUUCUCCAUGUUGAACUUGGACGCCAUACCUUGGACAAGGCGAUGCGCUGGCAGUUGCAGUUCAACAAAGUGGAUCUGGACGAGGAAUUGGAUCUGACGCCGUUCGUGGUCAACGGACAGGACGGCAAAUAUGUUCUUUAUGGCUAUGUCGUUCACCGUGGCCGUCGCACCUCUGGCAAGUUUUUCAGCAUUCUUCGUCCGGCGGGUCCAGGAACCAAGUGGCUGGCAUUCGACGAUGGCAGUGACAACCGAGUGGAAUGCUUGACCCAGAAGACUGCACUGGGCCCUCACCUUGGUCUCGAUACUUCGCAGACUGUGGAUCACAAGAAGGGUCAUGAUGUCCCGGUGGUGGCCAUGUAUGUCCGUAAAGACAUGGUGUCGGAGCUUCUGCCCGGUCCCCAAGGACCGUGGGAAGUCUCGGAACCUUUGAAGCAGUAUUAUGAGACCGGCGUCUACCAACCUGCCCCAGAAUCCCAUGCGGUGCCGGUAAAGGAUGACCUUCAGGUUGAAGUAUACUCCACGACUGGGUACGAUCAACUGAACAGCCUGUUUGACACCUACGAUCUCAUGUCCCUCUCCAAGGCAGCCAACGGUGUCAUGUAUAUGACCCUGCCUCGUUCGUCUCGCAUUGCUGAGCUUCGCAAGAAGAUUUCCAUGUGGAAGUCGGCGGGCGAGGAAGUCGUUGGACCCGAGCGCGUACGCCUCUGGCAUAUUGGACACACCCGUGCCCAAUGCGGACCCACUCUUGCGUUUGAUCUCAUCUCGGACAUGAACGUCCCAUUGGAUGUCUCUGGCGGCCCUCUGCGGUUCUGGAUGGAGACGAUCUCAGAAGAGGACGCCAAAUUCUUCGCCAUUCCGGAUCCGCCUUCAUUGGCUGCGACUGAAGAUAAGGCCGAAGAAUCCAUCGUGGAGCGGGCUAGCUCGAGCACCCCUGAACCACAAUCAUCUGUGGCCGAUGGAGACGCCGUUGCCAGCUCAUCGAGUGGUGUUCAUGAGACCGCUGCAACGACAGCCGAUGAGCCGAACGUUACCAGCAACGAGCCUUCUUCACCCAUGCUGGCGACCUUGUCUCCCGAAAAUGAUGCCCUCGCGGAAGAAAGAGCUGAACAUGAUGCCGUUCUUGCUGUGGCUGCGGCCCAUGACCGGCAGUUUACGAACAGCACCACUUCUGUUACUCCUGAGACAAGCUCCUCUGGUGCAGCUGCCACAUCUACACCCGUCGAGAACCGCCCAGCAGAGCCUGUAACUGAAACCACUGCCGAGCCCGAAGUCACCCUGCCAGUCGGGCAUGUGUAUUAUUUCAUCCAGGUGUUCGACGCGGACAAUCAAGUCCUCCGUACAGUGGGCUCAUUUUUCUCCAAGCUCGAGGCGAACGUCAAGGCGUCCAUUCGGAAGCAUCUUCAGUGGCCCAUCCGCCAAGACUUCCUAAUGUGGAAACGAGUGGAUGGCACCACCGUGACGACCGUGUCCCCGGCCGAGAACUUCCUAGAUGUCGUCGUUCCCCAUGGCUCUUGUAUCAUCGUUGGGGAAAAGCUGAGCAAAGAGAAGCGCUCCCAGCUCGGCAUCUCCGGCCGGUUUUCGAGCCCCGAUCGCCUGGUCCAUUACCUGUGGGCUGAAUCGCGCCACCACCCAAUUCAAGGUUUCACCGGUACCAAAACCGUCGAGGCCACUUUCACCAGUGACUUCUACAGUGGAGACUUCCUGAAGGGCUAUUACCACGGCCAUGGUAAACAUUUCUCGGGCACAGGAACCGUCUACGAGGGCGAAUUUGUCUUUGGACGGCGCCAUGGUUCAGGCAAGAUGGAAUAUCCGACAGGUGACACCUAUGACGGCGAUUGGGUCGAGGAUGUGCGCCAUGGACAAGGCACUUACAUCGAGAAGCAGACGGGCAACAAGUAUGUCGGCGGCUACAAGGAUGGCAAGCGACACGGCAAGGGCAUCAGCUACUGGGAGGUGGCUGAUGAGGAGACGGAUCUCUGCCAGAUCUGCUACUCCGAGGAGCAAAACGCGGUCUUCUGCGACUGUGGCCACGUCUGCUCAUGCGUGACCUGCGCCAAGCAAGUGGAUUUGUGCCCAAUCUGUCGCAAGACCAUUAAGAGUGUUAUCAAGAUUUACAGGACUUAG